UUUUGCAUGCCACUUCCCCUAUUAGUUUGCCUCCCUUAAUUUUUGACUUCCCUUCUUACUGGUCUUAUUUCCUGUUUCCUUUUAACCUGCACUAUUAUUAAGAGCUCUCCUUGGGAUAUUUUUUAUUUUUUAUUUUUAUUUAUAUAGUGAUACACCAAUAACCAAGUUUUUUCUUCUAAUUUUCUUUUCAUUCACCUUUCAUCCAUAUUCUUCCUCUCACCCUCUCUAAUACUUUCAACAGGGCGUACCGCUCGUAGCCAAUAAACUAAAACUCACAACAUGGCCCAGGAUGAUAACGGAAGAUGGGUUCUCGGCUCGCGGCCAUACAAAAUUCGGGUAGGCGUUGUCCUGACUAUUUUCGUUAUCUAUAUCAUCUAUGUUAUAGUCACAUUCACAAUGUUCAUUAUCAAGGCGCGGGAUAAGCACAGUGGUCUGUUGCAGCGUAACGUCAGAUUGGUAACUCUGCAGGUUGUAGGAUGCUUUUUAAUGGGUAUCAGUGGCAUGAUCAGUACCUCUCUCCAGCAAUGGCCGUGCUUCCUCAAGCUGUGGCUAGUUAACUCUGGUUACGUGCUCCUGUACUCCUCCGUCGCGGCGCGCGCCUGCCAGCAUAUUGUUGUCUCCAACCUGCACACCAUGACUAACAAGCUUGCUGGAAACAACAACCCGAUGUUCAAGGAGUCGCCAAAGUGCAACAUGAAGUUCCUGCGCCAGACCACACGCGCCAACCGCAGCGCCAGCCAGACAAGCAUUAUGAGCAACACUGAUUUUGACCCGAGCGACGGCAUCCGCGCUCUUGACGAGAAAAAAGAUGGCCCUGAUCACAGCAAGCAUAUCCUUCAGGCCUCUAUGCACCUGGGCGACGGAGCCGAUUCGAGAACUUACAAGCGGCUGAAAAAGUACUCCAAUAUGCAGCGUUUUGUGACAGACAAGUCUCUCUUUCUCUUUGUCAUUGGUCAUCUCGUUGUUGCCCUCAUCAUGUCGCUUGUCAUCAACAUUGUCAACAAGCAGUUUAGUAUCUCGCCGACUAGCAAUACGUGCACAAUGAUGUGGGGUUUUAUUCCCAUCGUAGUCAUUGUUGGCUUGUACAGUAUUCUGAUUCUGCCGUUUCUCUUCGUUAAGUGCUGGCCCCUCAAGGACGCGUACGGUAUCAGAAACGACAUUCUUGUUUCCAGCCUCGUCGGUAUCUUUACGCUCAUUAUGACCAUCGUCUGGGAGACCGUGCUGUUCCAUAUUGCCCUGAAAUGGUCCGGAUGGUUUUUCUCGUGGGUUUGCGGUAUCUUUUGCCACACUGUGUCGGUAACUGUACCCUUGUAUGGCGCUAUUCGCCAUUCGCGCGACGUUAUUCACCGCAUGCACGGCGCCAGUAGCUUGGGCACGUCGAUGGCGGCGGUCAUUUCCGGUGCUGGGGGCUCUAACAUGGGCAAGCGUGCCGAGUUCAACGCCAUCCUGUCUGACCCUUACGAGUACCGCUUCUUCUGCGACUUUGCCGCUUCCUGCUUCUGCUCCGAGAUGUGUGCUUUUAUUGACGAGUAUCAGGCGCUCAAGGGCAUGACUGUUAUUGCCCUGGGCUCUGAGGACAUCUGGCGCGAGGAUGUCGACCAGCUCGAUCCCUCAUACAUGACGCGCAUGGCGACGCACAAUUCAGAUAGCAAUGCCAUGGGCUACCUUGCCAUAGCCAACAACAACAACAUCAACCCUAAUGCAAAGUCGCUGCGCGUGCAGACGCCUCCAACCGUCAGUAUUCUCGACACUGCCAAGGGCAUUUAUCCCCAGUACGAUCUCAAUGACAACACGCCGUUCCCGGUUGCGUCUAUGGACAGGCUGGUCGCUAUAUUCAGCGUGUUUGUCAACUCCAACUCGUACACUGCUGUCAAUCUGCCAUCAUCAAUGGUACUCAGGAUAAGAGAAAAACUCAGCAGGAGUCAGCUCACCCUGACUAUUCUUGACGAGGUCAAGGACGAGGUUCUCAAUAUGCUCUACUUUGAUGUUUAUACCAGAUACACGAAGAAGAGAUAGAUAUGUUAUGCUUCAACUCUGUGGCUACACGGAUUGUUUAUUUUUUGCAUUUUCACAUUACAUUAAAGAAAAUAAUGACUACACGUAUCCUGAAAAUCGACAUCCUUCCCACA